UGCGGCUCAGUUAUCGUGCGGAGGCUCGCCACGCAACAGGCUUCGUCUGAAUAGCAUAGUAGUGAAGGAUCACGCGUUUUAUAUCCUUGAUCUGUUGUCUUAUUCUAUUUUCAAUUUUUGGAUAUUUGCAAAAUUUCGCGACCAAUGUGUUCGUGCAAUUGCAGUGACCCGUCUCUACUGGAGAAGUAAAAGACUCAUAAGACCGGAUUUGUGAUUUUCAAUCAGGGUCAAAAUGAUCUUUCAUGCUGUCAACGUUCUACUUUUUUUAUUUCAAUGGCAAUCUAUUGGAUGUAAAAAUAUAGAAAAUCUUUCUAUUGAAAGAAUUCUUGAUCAAGUAGCGAUUCCAACAAACAUUAUUAACAAUUUUUUACAUAAACCAGCAGCAUUACCAUCGCAAACUAUUAAUCCAAAUGAACGAAUUGAUACUUCGGUGGUGCAUUAUGAAAAUUCAAAUGGCUUUAUACCUUUAGUAGUUUCAACUCAGUCGUAUGAACGUCGAAAAGAUAAAAAAAAUAUCACUAAUUCCAGCAUUGACACUUUAGAUGAAUCAAAUUUAGAAACGAAAAAUCCUUUAGAAAAUAACCAAAGUUUUUUAAAUUUACCUAAUUCAAGCAAAAAUCGCAGAUUGUUUAAUGAAAGAAGCAAUCAAAAUGAAUUUGAAUUAUUAAAAGUUGGCAAUGAGACGCCACCUAUUGCUAAUUAUAGUUCAUUUUUUGAGAAUUCCCAAGAAUUUUCGUUGCCCGAUACUUUUCAUGUAAAUACAAAUUUAACUAAGUCGGUUAAAGUUAAACGACGAGAAAGACGUAAUCGGAUAAAAAAUUAUUUAAAUAGACAUGACUCUAUAAAUAAAAAUAAUAGACAUCAGCUACAUAGUGGACCCAACGAGCAUAGACAAAUUAAUAUUAAUCAUCAAGAAGAAGAACAGAUUUAUUACAAUCCAGAAAUAAUAAGAAAUUAUUAUUCGCAGAAGACGCUUUUACCGAAAACUAAUCAUAAUGCAUUAAGUAUAGAAACAGCAAACUUACAAUCUAACGGUAAAACGGAAAAAAAAGAAGAAUAUAAUAUGAGAAAACCAACACCUAAACAAAACGAGCAGAUUUUGCAAUUUAACGAUCAAUCUACUGAAUAUAUUACUUCUACUUUAAAUCCUUAUACAAAUUCAAAAAAUAAAAUUGAUUCAACAAAUUUAGAAGAAGGAGUGCAUAAGCCACUAUCACACGUUGAAUGGAUGAAUAGAAAUUAUGAAUUUUCUAAUUCACGUGAUUCUUCGGAAGAGAAUUCAGAUUAUAGCGAUGAGAUCGAAAAAUCGCGACGAAUAGAAAAGACAAUUAAAGAACGUCCUCGUCAUUUUAGUUUAUUGAGGAAAACACCGAAAGAGCAUAGGCAAGCAUAUGUUAAUGCGUUUGAUGAUCAAGGGAGAAAGUACUCUCGAACACGAUCAAAAUCGAGGUUGCGACAAAAGCCAAGACCAGCACAACUGAUAAAAGAUGAUGAUAAAAAUGAGAAUGAAGAAAGUAAUUCUAAUGAAAAUACCAAUGUAGCUACCAAUGAACAGAAUUCUAAUAAAGACAAUGCUUGGAAUCAAAUUUCUCCAAAUGUUGAAGUAUCUCGCUCGAACAGCUUUGAAAUUAAUCAAAUCGAAAAACCUAAGCUUCAUAUUGUGCCUUUGAACCUUUUGUCAAAUUUCGAUCACGCCACAGCUUUAGAUAAUAGCCAAGGAUUCGAUAUUACAAAUGCUAUGAUUACUGGCUUUGUUCCUGAAGGAUCAUUAAUUAGUACAGUCGCUCCUUUGCUAAGUUCUUCUGCAAAUUAUAUUAUCUCGAGUACAGCAAAACCGCAACUAGAUAUAUCAACAGAAGCUGCUGACAUUAUAGUCGGUCAAAGCUCAUUUCACAAUCCGGUACAAACUGUAUUAAAUCCUAAUAAAUUGCAGCAAAAUCUUUUUAAUCAUUAUUUACAAAGUACAGUCGCCCCUACAGUUUUUGCUAUUACUCAUCAUCCUGAUCAUUCGACUUCGAGUAUAAUACCAAAUCUGCAACAGACAUUGGAUAAAAUACAAUCAUCCUUUCCAACGAGUCAGCAACUUAUAACCAAUAAACCGAUUCAUCAAUCUCUUGCUAAUUUAUUGCAAACAGCAGAGUCGAGUGUAAAUACACAAUCUUUAGUGUCGUCUAACGCAGCUGAAAGAAAAAAAUUACAUUCGCAGCGAAUGAUUCAACCAACGACGAGCCGAAGUCACACAAAUAUGUUUGAAUCGAAGAAGAAAAAAUUUAACAGUAAUAGUGGUGAAUUUCUAGCAUCAGCAAGUUUAUCUGUAGAUGCAAAUGUAAAAGACGAUAAUAGCAAUAUUAACAGUAAUACAAAAAGUGAUAAUAAUUUUAAUUCUCAGAGUAAUCAACAGAUAAGUGAUAAUUUUAAUACUUUAUUACAAUCUACCAUGGUUCCAGCUAUUUUACACACUGGAAUUGGUCUGAUUAAUAAUCAAAAUCAACAUCUAAUAACGAAUCCACUUUUUUUAACAAAUCCGCAAGCAAAUCAGCAAUUAAUUAAAGUAUCAAAUGCUUUGCAAAAUUCAGUAAAACAAUUGCAAUAUGACAUACAAAAUAAUCGUUAUCAAUUGGCUAGUAUUCCGGGAAUUGAUAAUAAUGGAGCUGCGAGUAAUGCUGUUGGCAUAAAUCAUAAUUUCAUCAAUCAGUUGCAGAAAGCACAGUUACCAAUACUUGGCACAAAUAAUGUCGAAAUCGUUAAUCCAAAUUUAAAUGCAAAUCCAUAUUCAAUAAAUCAAAUUCCCGCUGCAUUAGUUACCACACCAAUUCCAAUUGUCACCACAGCUGGCUUAUUGACAACAAAACAAUUUUUGGCAUCAACACAAGAGCCCGUGGAUAAUAGACCACUCUAUAAUCCAAUAAAUUUUCUUCCAAAUUAUGAGCUUAUAAGAAAUCAAUCUUUUUUGAAUAGCAACAUAAGAAAUGACAAUAAAAAUUAUAAUUUUAUACCGUUAGUAUCGAUUGGAAAUCAAUAUAAAAAUUCCCAAAAAACCGGAGAUGACUUUAAAGAUAAACAUAGGCUUAGCUUGGAUCUUGAAAAAUAUGCAGAAGAAAUGUUCAAAGAAUCGUUAAGAACAAUUUAUAAUUCUCACAAAUGGAAUAAUGAUCCUCCAUCGUUAAAAAAUGUAAGCCUCGUUGAUAAUUCCGAUUUUGCAAAAUUACGAAAUGAAUUACUUCGAAUAAAAAAUAAUAUGCGAGAUUCAAAGUUUUCAACAGAUGUAUUAGAAGCUCAUCAUACAGAAAAUAAAAUACGAACAACGAAUCCUGGAUAUGAUUAUAAUAAACCAGAUUCAUCGUUCGAGCAGCAUAAAUACGGCAAUAAGCCCUAUUCUGACGUAGCGAAAAAGCCGCAACAUCAUUCUCACCAUUACAGGCAUAAAUUUAAAAUUAAUGAUUUUUUGACCCCACCUAAGAUCAAUUCUUUUGUUUCAAAAAAUCCUUUACAUGAUAAAUUACCAAAGAAACGACCUAGUCAAGGAUCGCGUUUAAAUACUAGACCGCGUCCAAGGCAAGGAGUCAUAUCUUAUAAGUCCAAAGGUACCGAAGCAAAGGCAAGCACAAUCGCAGGAUAUAGAUAUCCUUUGCGCUUAAAUCAAGACAAUAGUCCAUAUAGUCCGACAAAUUAUAACCGAGAUUUACAAUCUUACAACUAUCCGUCGCUGAUUGGUUCAAUUUCAGAAAACGAUAACUACAGAACGUCAUCCGAUUACAGCUCGUUAGAAAAGGAUUAUUAUGAUAUUAAUCAUCCGCGAACACAUAACUUAUUUGGUCUUCUGAUGAAAAAUACACAGUUACCUCCAGGCAGACCGAAUAAUUAUAGAAAACAGGAUAAAAGUGGUGUAUCAAUGACAGGAGAAAAUAAAUGGAUCAUAUCGCAAGAUCAUGAAAAGGGAUUUCAAGAUGUUUAAAGUAUAUUUAUAGAAUAUGUAAUGUAGAUAAUCGAUUUAUUGAUUAACUAUCUUCUGAA